AUGGCCGGAGGUGCCGCCGGGGGUUUCGUCACUCGAGCAUUCGAUUCUAUGCUCAAGGAGUCUUCUGGCAAGAAGUUUCCCGAACUCCAGAAAGCUAUUCAGAAUUACACAGAUAUCACGAAAGAGGCCAACCAGAAAAAGCAGAGCGAGGUCAAUCAAGCUGCUCCCUCAGCUGAAUCUGGCAGUGCGAAUGAGACUGAUGAUGGAGUGGCAACUAGGACAGAAGCAGAUCAGUCACAGAAGGCUGAGCAUGCUUCAAAUGACAGGCCUAAGACUGGAAACAUUAAUGUUGUCUUGGCUAGUGCUGGGAAUAUACUUGAAGGAGCUGAUGCAGAAGUUGUUUUAAAUCCUCUUCGUCUUGCAUUUGAGACUAAGAACUUGAAAAUCCUUGAAUCUGCUUUGGAUUGUCUUCAUAAACUUAUUGCGUACGACCAUUUGGAGGGAGAUCCUGGGUUAGAGGGUGGUAAAAAUGUCCCAUUGUUUACCGACAUUCUAAACAUGGUUUGCAGUUGUGUUGACAAUUCAUCACCUGACAGAAUCACCAUGCAGUACCAUUCUCCAAGUGCUAAAAGUUCUUCUUACUGCCGUGGCUUCUACAAAAUUCAGAGCAAGAGCCCUAUAAACCAAGCAACGUCAAAGGCAAUGCUGACACAGAUGAUCAGCAUCAUUUUCAGGAGAAUGGAAACUGAUCCGGUUCAAGCUCCAUCUGUUUCUGGUGGCCAAACAAUUUCAAAGGCAGCUUCAGCAGAUAAUUUGAACCCAAAAUCUGAUGAAUCUUCGAUGGGAGACUCAAACGAAAAGGAAAUGAGUUUGGGUGAUGCACUUACUCAAGCCAAGGAUGCAUCACCGACAUCUCUUGAGGAACUUCAAAAUCUUGCUGGGGGUGCUGAUAUCAAGGGUUUAGAAGCAGUACUGGACAAGGCUGUGCAUACCGAAGAUGGUAAAAAGAUAACACGUGGGAUUGAUUUGGAGAGUAUGGGUAUAGUACAACGCGACGCUUUGUUGGUAUUCCGCACUCUUUGCAAGAUGGGUAUGAAGGAAGAUAAUGACGAAGUUACUACCAAGACGAGAAUAUUGUCUCUUGAGCUUCUUCAGGGUUUGUUGGAGGGAGUCAGCCACUCAUUUACAAAGAACUUCCAUUUUAUUGAUUCAGUGAAGGCGUAUCUUUCGUAUGCACUGCUACGAGCUUCAGUUUCACAAUCCCCUGUCAUAUUUCAGUAUGCAACUGGAAUAUUCUUGGUGCUGUUAUUGCGAUUCAGGGAGAGUCUCAAAGGUGAAAUAGGGAUCUUCUUUCCAUUGAUUGUUCUUAGACCACUGGAUGGUUUGGAAUUUCCUGUCAACCAAAAAAUUAGUGUUCUUCGGAUGUUAGAAAAAGUAUGUAAGGAUCCACAGAUGCUUGUUGACAUCUUUGUGAAUUAUGAUUGUGAUCUUGAGGCACCAAACUUGUUUGAACGAAUGGUUACUACUCUAUCCAAAAUAGCUCAAGGGACUCAAAAUGCUGAUCCAAAUUCAGUUGUUGUUUCUCAAACAGCUUCAAUCAAAGGCUCAUCACUCCAGGGUCUUGUGAGUGUGCUUAAAUCACUGGUUGAUUGGGAGCAAUCACGUAGGGAUUUGGAAAAGUUAAAGAAUAAUCAGCAAGAAGGGAUCUCAGCUGAAGAUUCUUCUGAAAUAAGAGUCAGGGAAGAUGUGACUAGUGAUUUUGAGAAGGCUAAGGCCCAUAAGUCCACAUUGGAGGCUGCCAUUGCUGAGUUCAACAGAAAACCAACGAAGGGGGUGGAAUAUCUAAUAUCAAAUAAGUUGGUGGAAAACACACCUGCUUCAGUUGCUCAAUUUUUGAAAAACACUCCCAAUUUGGAUAAGGCUACAAUUGGUGACUAUUUAGGUCAACAUGAAGAGUUCCCCCUUGCUGUGAUGCAUGCUUAUGUAGAUUCAAUGAAAUUUUCUGGAUUGAAAUUUGAUUCUGCAAUCAGGGAGUUCCUUAAAGGAUUCCGCCUUCCUGGGGAAGCUCAAAAGAUAGAUCGGAUCAUGGAGAAGUUUGCAGAGAGAUACUGUGCAGACAAUCCAGGCCUUUUUAAAAAUGCAGAUACAGCAUAUGUGCUAGCUUAUGCUGUUAUUAUGUUAAAUACUGAUGCUCAUAAUCCAAUGGUGUGGCCCAAGAUGGCCAAGUCCGAUUUUGUUCGCAUGAAUGCUAGGGAUGAUCCAGAUGAAUGUGCUCCUAGAGAACUGCUAGAAGAGAUCUAUGAUUCCAUUGUCCAAGAAGAGAUUAAAAUGAAAGAUGAAGCAGCUUUCAUUGGAAAAAGCAGCAGACAGAAGCCCGAUGGUGAAGAAGGACGACUUGUCAGUAUUCUUAACCUGGCACUCCCUAAAAGAAAGUCAUCCGGAGAUGCCAAGUCUGAAAGUGAGGCCAUCAUUAAGAAAACACAAGCUAUAUUCAGGAAUAAAGGGGUGAAAAGAGGAGUUUUCUACACUGCCCAGCAGAUUGAACUUGUAAGGCCCAUGGUUGAAGCUGUUGGGUGGCCUUUGCUUGCUACUUUUUCUGUAACUAUGGAGGAAAGCGAUAACAAACCUCGUGUUGUUUUGUUGAUGGAGGGAUUUAAAGCUGGUAUACAUAUUACUUUUGUGCUUGGAAUGGAUACCAUGAGAUAUGCAUUUCUAACAUCUCUUGUCAGGUUUACUUUCUUGCAUGCCCCCAAGGAAAUGCGUAGUAAAAAUGUGGAAGCUCUGCGCACAUUGUUGGUCCUGUGUGAUUCAGACAUGAAUGCUCUUCAAGACACAUGGAAUGCAGUUCUGGAAUGUGUUUCUCGCCUUGAAUUUAUAACAUCAACUCCUUCAAUUUCUGCUACUGUUAUGCAUGGGUCAAAUCAAAUCUCCAAGGAUGCUGUUGUUCAAUCUCUGAGAGAAUUAGCUGGGAAACCUGCUGAACAAGUUUUCAUGAAUAGUGUCAAACUACCUAGUGAUUCAGUUGUGGAAUUCUUCACUGCUCUCUGUGGUGUAUCAGCUGAAGAGCUAAAACAAACUCCAGCUCGUGUCUUCAGCUUGCAGAAGCUUGUGGAAAUUAGUUAUUACAAUAUGGCUCGUAUACGUAUGGUCUGGGCUAGAAUCUGGUCUGUCCUAGCAAAUCACUUUAUAUCAGCAGGGAGUCAUCACGAUGAGAAAAUUGCUAUGUAUGCCAUAGAUUCUCUAAGACAACUUAGUAUGAAGUAUUUGGAGCGUUCUGAACUGGCCAAGUUCUCGUUCCAAAAUGAUAUUCUGAAACCAUUUGUUGUUCUUAUGCGGAAUAGUCAAAGUGAAUCCAAAAGGAGGCUAAUUGUUGACUGCAUUGUCCAGAUGAUAAAAUCUAAGGUUGGAAGCAUAAAGUCUGGAUGGCGUAGUGUAUUUAUGAUUUUUACAGCUUCUGCAGAUGAUGAAUUAGAAUCAAUUGUUGAGAGUGCAUUUGAAAAUGUUGAGCAGGUCAUCUUAGAACACUUUGAUCAAGUAGUGGGAGACUGUUUCAUGGAUUGCGUGAAUUGUCUGAUCAGAUUUGCCAACAAUAAAAGCUCACAUCGUAUUAGUUUGAAGUCUAUUGCACUCCUGCGGAUCUGUGAGGACCGUCUUGCAGAGGGCCUUAUUCCUGGAGGUGCUUUAAUGCCUAUUGAUGCUAAUUUGGAUACAACUUUGGAAGUAACUGAGCAUUAUUGGUUCCCCAUGUUGGCUGGUUUAUCUGAUCUAACAUCGGAUCAAAGGCCAGAGGUCAGAAGUUGUGCACUUGAAGUCUUGUUUGAUUUAUUGAAUGAAAGAGGUAGCAAGUUCUCCACAUCAUUUUGGGAGAGUAUUUUCCAUCGAGUUCUAUUUCCAAUUUUUGAUCAUGUGAGACAUGCUGGAAAAGAGAGCUUUAUUUCCACUGAUGAUGAUUGGUUUCGUGAAACAAGCAUACAUUCGCUUCAGCUGCUAUGCAACCUUUUCAACACAUUCUACAAGGAGGUUUGUUUUAUGUUGCCUCCACUACUGGGUCUGCUGUUAGAUUGUGCAAAAAAAACAGAUCAAACAGUGGUCUCAAUAUCUCUUGGUGCUUUGGUGCAUCUCAUUGAAGUAGGUGGACACCAAUUCAGUGAGACUGACUGGGAUACAUUACUUAAAAGCAUAAGAGAUGCUUCAUACACUACCCAACCUCUAGAGCUGCUUAAUGCAUUAACUUUUGAAAAUGCGAGAAACCCUGGAAGCAUUAUCAGUGAUUCUGAAGGCAACCCAGGGGACAGUGGUGCCAUCAGCUCUAUUGACAAUGAGGUAAUGGGUGACCAUCAACAUAAUGUCAAUAGUAACGGGAAAUUGUCCCCCUUGGCAUCCUCAAAUACAAAUGCUGAUGAAGUUGAAGAUUCUGCAUCACAGACAAAUGCAGAUCAGUCUGAAGGUCUUCCAUCUCCAUCAGGAAGAACUCCCAAGUCUGCAGAUGGGGGAGGUUUCCAGCGGAGUCAAACCCUGGGUCAACGGAUUAUGGGAAAUAUGGAAAAUCUCUUCCUUCGAAAUCUUACAAAAUCUAAAAGCCCAAUCUCUGGUGCUUCUCAACCAUCGUCUCCAGUUAAGGUUGCUGAUACUGUAGAGCCAGAUACCAAGAAUGAGGAGAGUCCUUUGCUGGUAACUGUCAGGGGAAAGUGCAUUACACAGUUAUUGCUUCUAGGUGCAAUUGAUGGUAUUCAGAAGAAAUAUUGGGCAAAGUUAAAAGCACCACAGAAGGUUUCUAUAAUGGACAUUUUGCUGUCUUUGUUGGAGUUUGCUGCUUCAUAUAAUUCAUCCACCAAUCUUAGAACUCGAAUGCACCAAAUUCCUGAUGAAAGGCCACCAAUAAAUCUUCUUCGUCAGGAAUUAGCUGGUACUGGCGUAUAUCUCGAUAUUUUACACAAAGCUACGUAUGGCUUUGAAACAAAAAAGGAAAAAAGUACAGAUUCUGAUGGAUUUCAAGAUGCGGAUUCUAGAGAAGUUAAUGGCAUUACUCAAGAUUCUGAUGCACAAGAGAAAUUUGAAAGGUUAGCUGAGGAGAAACUAGUGUCUUUCUGUGAACAGGUGCUCAGGGAGGCAUCUGAUCUCCAGUCAAGUACUGGAGAAGCCAAUAACAUGGAUAUUCAUCGAGUCUUGGAACUGCGUGCUCCCAUAAUUGUUAAGGUGCUUCAAAGUAUGAGUUUUAUGAACAGUAAGAUUUUCAGAAGACACCUAAGGGAAUUCUACCCUUUGCUAACAAAACUUGUUUGCUGUGACCAGAUGGAUGUCCGGGGAGCUCUUGGUGAGUGUUGGAGCAAAGGGUCCUCAGAAACAAAGGUAAGUCGAGGUAGAAACAAAGACAACAUGGGAUUCCAACAUUUUAGUACCUGUUUUUUGUUAGCAUUAUGCAUUCUAAGUCAAGGUUUGGCAAAGGGUGCUUUUGGGUUUGCUUGCAACUGGGGAACGCGUUUAACUCAUCCUCUUCCACCUCAAAUAACUGUGAAGCUCAUGAAAGACAAUGGAUUCAAGCAAGUGAAGCUCUUUGAGGCUGAUCCCGCUGCACUAAAGGCUCUAGGAAAGUCUGGCAUUCAGGUGAUGGUUGGCAUACCUAAUGACCUCUUAGCAACCCUUGCUUCCAGUGUCGAUGCUGCCAUUGCAUGGGUCAACCAAAACGUAUCCAGUUACAUAUCCAAAAAUGGGGUUGAUAUAAGGUAUGUUGCUGUGGGAAAUGAGGCCUUUCUGAAAACAUACAAUGGUCGGUUUGUGAAUUCAACCUUUCCAGCCAUCCAAAACAUUCAAGCAGCCCUUAUAAAGGCAGGAUUAGGCAGGCAAGUGAAGGUGACAACCCCUCUAAAUGCAGAUGUGUACCAAAGUGACAGUGGUCUUCCAUCAGGGGGAAACUUCAGGCCUGACAUUCAUUACGAAAUGAUCUCCAUAAUAAAGUUCCUUAGCCAAAAUGGUGGCCCUCUAACAUUCAACAUCUACCCAUUUCUCAGCCUUGAUGCUGAUCCUCACUUUCCAAAAGAGUUUGCCUUCUUUGAUGGCUCUGCUGCCCCUGUGGUUGAUGGCUCCAUAACUUACACCAAUGUGUUUGAUGCCAACUAUGACACCCUCAUCACAGCCCUUGAGAAGAAUGGUUUUGGCCAAAUGCCUGUCAUCAUUGGAGAGGUUGGAUGGCCAACAGAUGGCACAGCAAAUGCCAACAUAAAGAAUGCUCAAAGGUUCAACCAAGGUUUAAUUGACCGCAUUGUGAAAAGGCAAGGAAGUCCCAAAAGACCUACCCCACCUGAUAUCUACUUGUUUGGAUUCAUUGAUGAGGAUGCCAAGAGUAUUGAGCCUGGCCCUUUUGAGAGGCACUGGGGUGUCUUCAACUUUGAUGGAUCCAUCAAAUACCCUUUAAAUCUUGGUGGGGGAAAACAACUAGUUGCUGCAAGAGGGGUGAGGUAUUUGCCAAAACAAUGGUGUGUGAUGUCAACUCAAGCAAAUGUUCAAGACCCUAAUGCUUUUGCUGACAGCAUGAGCAAAGCAUGCACAUACGCUGAUUGCACACCUCUCUCUCCUGGAGGAUCUUGCAGUGGAUUAGACGUAAGAGGCAAUGCUUCAUAUGCAUUCAACAUGUACUACCAGACCAUGGAUCAACGCAAAGAUGCAUGCAAUUUCAAAGGUCUCUCUGCCAUCACUAACAUCAACCCUUCACCACCUCAAAGUGCUUGCCAGUUCAAAAUCAUGAUCGAUCUGGGGAAGCAUGAAAAGAAGUCCACUACUCCUUCCAAUGCACCAAAUAUUAAACUAAACUUAAUGGUCAUGCUGGUGUCAAGCUUCAUUUUCACCAUGUUGUUGCUUCAUGCAUAG